AUGUUGUCCAUAUUACGGAAAGCGAGACUUAAGGAUAAGGAGAUGAGGAUUUUGAUGCUUGGGCUUGAUAGCGCGGGAAAGACCACCAUCGUUAAGAAGAUUAUGAACGAAGACGUCUAUAGUGUCAGCCCAACUCUAGGCUUCAUUAUCAAGACGAUCGAGUACGAUGGAUACAAGCUCAACAUAUGGGACGUCGGUGGGCAGAAGACACUGCGUACUUACUGGAAGAAUUACUUCGAGAAGACAGACACGCUCAUCUGGGUGGUUGACGCGACUGACCGGGAGCGUAUUGAUGACUGCCGCCGCGAGCUGGAGGGCCUGCUGCUGGAAGAGCGUUUGAUGGGCGCAAGUCUCCUGGUCUUUAAGAACAAGAGCGACGUGUCUGGAUCUAUGACAGAGGACGACGUGCGGCUGGCACUCCGUCUGGACUCGAUCAAGACGCACAAAUGGACCAUUAUGGCAUGCAGCGCGAUGACGGGCAUGAACCUCCACGAAGGGCUCCAAUGGGUGGUGCAAGACGCAAAGGACCGCUUGUUUCUUUUCUGAUACCAAUACUCCUGCAAGGGCGUGAAGGCCCUGUCGUCAAGCUUCUCCGCUUGCUCUCGAAGCAGCAUAGCGUGACAGAUAUCGGUUUCGAGGCGCGCCAGGGCAGCGAAGCAGACAUUUGGGACGAGACCGCGAGGCCAUGGCGAGUAUAGACAUCGCAGUAGUGAAUACGAAUGCCAUUGAAGUUGUGUGCUGGGCGCUCGAAGUGUUAU